GGGUUGCGUGAGUUUCUUUCUGCGCAUGUGCAAGUUUUUAGCCGUUUCCUUGUAGCAGCGCCUGUUAGCCUGUCAGCUGAUUUCACUCACAUGACUCUCGUUUUAGUUUCAGGUCAGUCCUGUUUAUCGGUGCUGUGAAAGGGCUCCGGGAACCAGCUUUCCACGGCGGAAACAUGGUGUUAAAGUUGGUUUAGGAUCCGAACGGUGGUAAUAAAUGGCUGCGGGGGUUCCCACGAAGAGCUGACCGACUGAGUGAGGAGAAAAGCGGGCAGGUUAGCUCAGCAGCGUCGGUAGAUUUGAUGAGCUCUUCACACCAGCAGUAGAUUAUUAUUAUUUUUGGUUUUUACUUCCUCUGGGAGUUCAGAUAACCUCCAGAAUGAGUCCAGAAGGGAAGAAGCUUUUAAACAUCAUCAUCCUCGGCUUCGGCUUUAUGUUCAUGUUCACAGCCUUUCAGACAUGUGGCAAUAUAGAGCAAACAGUGAUCAAGAGCUUCAACAGCACAGAGUUCCACGGGAGCGGAUACACGAGCAUGGCCAUCAUCUAUGGCGUUUUCUCUGCAUCCAACCUCAUCGCCCCGUCGGUGGUGGCGGUCAUCGGGCCCCAGCUCUCCAUGUUCUUCAGCGGGCUUUUGUACAGCCUGUACAUCGCCAUGUUCAUCUACCCGUACACCUGGAGCUUCUACACGGCGUCCGUGCUGGUUGGAAUAGCAGCAGCAGUGCUGUGGACAGCUCAGGGGAACGUCCUCACCAUCAACUCCACGGACAGCACCAUUGGAAGAAACAGUGGUAUCUUCUGGGCGCUGCUGCAGUUCAGCUUGUUCUUUGGAAACCUCUACAUCUACUGCGCCUGGCACGGACACGUCCACAUCACAGACAAGGACCGGCAGACGGUGUUCAUCUCUCUGACGGUGAUAAGCCUGGUCGGCUGCUUCCUCUUCUUCCUCCUCAGGAAGCCUGAUUCUGAAUGCUCUUCCUCUGCUGAGGCGACUGAGCCGCUGCUGCAGGAGGAACCCUGCGACAACACCGCAACCAGCUCUGGAUGCUCUCACCUCUGCUCUCAGGCGCUCGACGCGUUUGUCAAAGCGUGUAAGCUGUUCAUCACCAGAGAAAUGCUGCUGCUGGGCGUCUCCAUCGGAUACACAGGUUUGGAGCUGACCUUCUACAGCGGCGUGUACGGCACGUGCAUUGGCGCCAUGAUGAGGUUCGGCCAGGAUGCGAAGAGUUUGAUCGGGAUCUCUGGGAUCUGCAUCGGCGUGGGCGAGAUAUUAGGUGGCAGCGUGUUCGGGAUACUGAACAAACGCAUCGGCUUUGGGAGGAACCCCAUCGUUCUGCUCGGGCUCGUCACCCACAUCAUCGCCUUCUACCUGAUUUUCCUCAACAUCGCCAGCGACGCUCCGCUGGCCCCGGAAGAAGGAACAGAUCUGGAGGCCUUCAUCACCCCCAGCGUGGGCGUGGCCUUGUUCUGCAGCUUCCUGCUCGGUCUGGGUGACAGCUGCUUCAACACGCAGCUCCUCAGCAUCAUCGGCUUCAUGUUCCACGACAACAGCGCCCCCGCCUUUGCCGUCUUCAAGUUCAUCCAGUCCAUCAUGGCCGCUCUGGCCUUCUACUACAGUAACUACCUGCUGUUGCACUGGCAGCUGCUCAUCCUGGUCGUGGUGGGGUUUCUGGGCACGAUAACCUUCUUUAAGGUGGAGCACAUGGCCAGCUCCAGCAGGCGGCAGUCGGACUACGACAGUAUCUGAGCCGGGCCGGAUGACGAGGGCACAGCUGGAGUUUUUUCGCUCUCCACUGCUGGAAAGGAAAAAAACCUCGCCCAGGGACGACCGGCCCACAGACUGAUGCUAGCUGUGGUACAUUUAGAUUCUGAACCCGGGACCAAACGCUCCUCCUGAUCUCAGCAUUUACCCAAUUAAAUCAAACGGCAUGUGUGACGGUGGUGUGCACGCCUCAUAUACCUCGUUUAGUUUCAUAACCAGACUCCUCCUUCUUGUGCACUCGGUCUGUAAAUAAACUCUAUUCAAGGCAAAGAGAGUAAUAAUCCCACUGCUCGUGUUGGCGUCACGCUGUUAGGCCUCCUUCAGUGGACCAACUUCCAUCUUGACAACAAAUUCUGUCAUCUGUUAGAAACAUACAGGAGAGCUCCACAGAAACCACACCCACCUGAGGGGGAAAAUGGCGUCCAGAUCACUGAGCCAAUCACUGAGCAGUUUUAAAAGGUUAAACAUAUUUGUAGGGUUUUUUCUGGAUUUGUUGACAAGAAGAAAAAGGUUUAAGUUAAACGUCUAUACUCUAUCUGCACAAAUCCAGCUCUGGUUACAGCCAAAUGCUGAAGG